UUGAGUAAAUAAUUACGAAAAAAAAUGUCUGUUGACGGGCAACGCUUUAUGACCAAAACUCAACAUUAUCGGAAAGUAACGAAACCACUUUUGGAACGUAAGCGGCGCGCACGUAUGAAUCUUUACUUAGAUGAAUUAAAAGAUCUUAUAGUGGAUACUAUGGAAGCACAAGGCGAACAUGUAACCAAAUUGGAAAAGGCCGAUAUACUUGAGAUGACAGUGAAUUACUUAAAAACGCAUAAACAUGAAGUUGCCAGAACCAUUCGAAAAGAUACAGACAUUGUUAGUGGCAACAGUGUGAAUUAUGAGAAAUUUCGAGCAGGAUACACACAAGCCGCUGUUGAAGUUUCUAAAAUAUUUAAUACGCUACCCGGACUUGAUGUUAAGUUUGGUACACGUCUUAUGAAGCAUUUGGGCUAUCAACUAAAGGAUAUACAACCCUCUAUUAAGAAAUGUAACGAAACUAAAGAAGUAGAAUUUAUCAAACCAAAAGAUUAUCCAGUACGUAGGAAGAGCGCAGAAAAUAUUCAACAUGGUUUAAAAAUACAGAAUUUACAAGCAAAACCAGGUGAAGACGUUUGGCGUCCUUGGUGAUGCAGUUCCAUGGUGAUGCAUUUCCAUUUGAAUUUGAUACCGAAAUGAACCUCAGUACGUAAUUUAUACGCAGCUUUAUUAAUUUUAAGUAAAUUAUACAGUUUAUUUGUUAUAUAUGCAUAUUAGA